AUGAAUAAGACUCAAAAUAUAGUCCAAGUAUAUGAUGAUUCAACUAUAUUUGGAAGCUUGGACAUUCCUCAGUACGAUAUGGAAUUAAAGGAUUACGUCAAUGCAAAACCUAAUCAAACUCCUGAUAUAAUACGAGAUAAGGUGAUACCUUUAUUGGAAGAAUCAGCCAAAUUGAAUUAUUAUGGAGCUUUUAUUCAAUUAGCUGACUUUUAUCUAAUGGGGUAUCAUUCCAUUGAAACUAAUUACUUAAAGGCAAAAGAGUAUUAUGAAAGAGCAGUUGAAAUUUCUAGUGAUGGACAUUCUUAUUUCAUGCUUGGAUUCAUCUAUUCAAGUGGACUUUUUGGAGAAGUUGAAAUUGAUCAAGCAAAGGCAACAUUAUAUUUCCAAACUGGAAUGGAAAAUGGUGACAUCGAUUCAAUGAUUGCCCUUGCUUAUCGAAAUGCAUAUGGGAUUGGAACUCCAACCAAUUGUGAUUUGUCAUUGGUAUAUUACUCAAAGGUGGCACAAUUAGGUAUGGAUUACUUACAAAAGACAAACUACACUGUGGAUGUGGAUGAUUCAGUAUAUAAUGUUAAACUAGUGGAUUUCAAUGGCGGUAUCUACGGAGACAAAUUAAGUGAAUCAGUCAAAUCAGUGGUUUCAAAAGAAAGAAUAUAUGCCGAAAAUCGAAGAGCAUUUGAAGAAUUCAAUAUAGAUGGUAAUGAAUAUGAAUUCGUUUCUAGUUAUUACAAUGCAUUGAGGUAUUAUGAUGGAGAUUAUUUUAUCCAAAAAGAUUAUCCUAAAGCAACUAAAUAUUUACAACAAUGUGUGGAUCUUGGUGAACAAAUGUAUGGAAGUAACAAAUAUAAACAUAUAAAUACCAUGGAUAGAUUCUAUUUGAGUCGAUGUCAAGCUAUGUUGGGACAUAUAUAUCUUACGGGUCAAGGGGUAGUAAAAGACGUGGUAAAGGCUAAUUCAUUACUCACUACUUCAUUGCUAGUUCAGGAAAUAAGUGAUGCUCUUAAUGAUCUUGGAUACAUUAAAGAAAAUCAAUUACUUGGUACUCCCGAUGAAAAAGCUGAAGUCAAAGCAACUGAAUUAUAUACCAAAGCAGUGAAACUUGGAUCAAAUGAAGCAAGAUUAAAUCUUGCUAAACUUCUCACAUCAAUGAGUCCAGAUGGAGAGCCAUUGAGAGGUGAAUACGCAAAAGGCAUUUAUUUCAAUGUCAGAAGAGCCGUAUAUAAUGGUAAUAGGGAAUCAUUAUUUUACUUGGGUGAUUAUCUUCAAUCUGGAUUGGCACAAAAAGUCGAUCUGGAUAAGCUUCAUGAUUGUCAAAGCAUGGUAUUCUACUAUAAAAUGUUUGUAGAGAGAAUGGAAAGUCACUUCUUCCCUCAUUUAAAGUAUGGGUUUGAUGAAUUAGCUAAGGGUAACUAUAAGAAUUCAUUACUUGCAUAUCUGAUAGCAGCUGAGCAAGGUCUUGAAUAUUCCCAGAUUUCAGCUUCUUACUUAUUAUAUCAAAUGCAACCUUUAUGGUCAUUAAAACCUGUAAAAACUUUUGAUGCGGAAAGAGUAGAAUCAUCAAUAAGGUAUCUUGAAAGAGCUUCCCGUCAAAAGAAUACCGAUGCAACCAUACUUCUUGGUGAUUUAUAUAUGAAUGGAAUUGAAAACGGAAUUUUGGAAAAGGAUUAUACAAAAGCAUUUGCAUAUUUUAAAAAGGCAAGCAAUGAUCAUUCUUCUCAUGGUGCUUAUAAAUUGGGUCACAUGUAUGAAUAUGGAUUGGGUCCUCAGGACAACCUGGUGGAUUACUUCAUGGCCAAAAGGUUUUACGAUUUAAGUAUUCAAUAUCAAGAUGCAAAUAAAAGAUCUAGAACACUGAAUAAAACAGCUAUAAAUUGGGCUCUCCUUAGAUUGAGAAUGAAAUAUUUAUUCAACAGGAAGAAAUUUAAGAGUGAAAAUAGUGAAGUAGAAAAACUGGGUUGGUUGGAUUCAUUUAGAAAGAUAAGAGGUGGUUCUCGUUCAAAUGAAGUAGAUAAGGCAAAUGAAAGAGCAAGAGCCCACCACGAGGGUGGAUUAUAUGACGGCGAUGAUUAUGAAGAAUUUGAUAUUCUUGAUUACGUGGUGGUUUUCUUGACGUUUGCGUUUUUUCUCUCAUUUUUCAUUCAGAAUGUGAUUCGUCGUAUUAGAAGAGCUGGUGAUCAACCUAAUGAAAAUAAUGAAGAAAAUCAAGAGGGCAAUAAUCAAGACUUACGUGGUCAAUUCAAUAUUAGAGGCGUUAAUUUUGAAUUCCACUUUUUUGCAUUAUAA